AUGGAUAAAGCACUGUGCAGUACACUGCUUCUUCUGAACACCUUUGUCCUGCUCCUGAACUCAAGCCAUGAAGCCAGAAAACACCCAGAUAUUGCAAAGAAAAUCAGUAUCAGUAGCACACUGGAUGAAAAGAGGAAGCAGGAUGUGCUGGAUUUCUUCAAAACUGUUUACAAUAUUCACAACAAUGACACAUACCUCAGCAACAUAAUGAACUACAAAUUGUGGCUGUGGGCUGGGUCGAUUUAUGGUGAAGUACAGCUGGAUCAAACAACAUGUACCCAGAUUGAAUCUGACUUGGACAAAUGUCCUCUCAAAACUGACCUCCGUCGGGGAAAAGACAAGCAAGGAAGAGUUAUUUAUGUCAAUUUAAACCCAGAAGAACACACAUGCAACAAGUUCCUAUCUAAGGUGGCUAACUGUCCCUUCAAUGAACAGGCAGACCAGCAGAAGCUUGCUCCUUUUCACUACAUCAUAAAAGUGAACACCAAUGACCACAUGGAAGAGUCAAUACCAGACUAUGUGGAGAGUUCCUUUGUCAACAGAAUUAAUAUAAAACUCAUCAACUUAUCCUCCAGUAAAAUUUUCAGACAAAGGAAAAAAGCAGCCACACUCUUUGCCAAAAUAUCCCAAGAACAGUCUCUAGGCCACGUACUAACACUCAUCUCCUCUGAAAACUCUUGA